CUGCUCCCCUGGGUACGUCCGAGUCCCAAGUCUUAACGGCAACGGCACGAGUGCGUAGCCAUCAACCGCCGGUAAGGUAGUGUCUGCCUGUAACUAGUUGUUAAAUUACCUUAUUAGCUCGUGUUUCUCGUCUUCUUCAUCCAGCAGCAAUCGGAUCUCCCACCCGUCACUGACCAUCAUCAUGGCUUCCAUACACGAGCUCGCUCGAGAUGGAACUCUCACCAAAGCCCAAGCCCGGGAGGCAAGGAAAUCCAUCAACCAGCCGGAUGCGAGCGGCAUCCCCCCCCUUACCCCGGCAUCGAGACAUGGACACCUCGAAGCCGUGAAGAUUCUCCUCGAUGAGGGGGCAAACCCCAACCUGAAAGACAGGAAUGGGGCUACGGCGCUCAACAUUGCCGCGCACUACGCGCCCAAGAACCAGGCCGCCAUCAUCCGCGCCCUCCUCAAGGCCCGUGCCUCCGUGGAUGCCACCGACCCGAAGCUGGGCAACAAUACCCCGCUGAUGACCGUGAUCGUCCAGACCCGCAACUUGGACUCGAUAUCCGAGUUGAUCAACAAGGGUGCCUCGUUGUCGGCCAAGAACAACGCCGGAGAGACCGCUGAGGACCUCGCCAAGAGUGAUGCUGUAGUCCUUGCAGCUCUGCGGAGCAAAACAGGCGGAAGAAAUCUGCUCUCCAGGGUGGCAAGGAAGUUCACCAAGACUGUGUUGACCGCCCUGAGCCUGUUGAAUGAGCCUCUCAAGUCCGGUGUCCGUUUUCUGACGUGGAUGUACAAUUAUACGCCACAGAUUCGCUCCCGCCCAAGGACCAGUACACCGCCCGCCCUAACAUCAGGGGAGACACCCAGGGAGGCGCCACAGGAGGCGCCGGAAGAGACACCAGAGGAGACACCAGAGGCAAAGCGAGAGAGGGAGAUCAAUAAACAGUUGGAUCAGCUGUCUAACGAAAUCAAGGAGUCCAACCUGAGCAAAUUCACCGGCAUGGACGACCGUUUCUUUGAUACGCUGGUCGAGAAAACCAAGGCCCUUCGGAAGGAUAUCAACACUGACCUUGGCCGGCCUGAAAACCUGUCCGAUAUGAUCAACUUGGCAUUGUACAAGCCUGUGCUCUACUGCGACGAUAGUGGAUCCAUGAGGGGGGCCGGAUACGAGUGUCAGAGGAAGAUGGUCAAGCGCAUCUGCAGUGUUACGACCAAGCUCGUGCCGGAAGGCGUCGGGGUGGAUCUGCACCUCAUUAACCAUUCUCAGGACUACGUCGACCUGCGCGAGGAGGAGAUCGAUAAGAAACUCGGCGCAAUCAGUCCCAACGGUGGCACGAAGCUCGGCACGAAUCUGGAGAAAAAGAUACUGCACCCGUUCGUGUACAAACCCUUGGAGUCGGGGGGUCUGAAAAGACCGCUUCUGAUUUCCAUCAUCACCGACGGCGAUCCUACCGAGGAGCAUCGCGACACGCUAAAGAAUGCCAUUCUCAACUGUAAAGAGAGGCUGGACAAAUACAAUUACCCCAGCUAUGCUGUCGUGUUCCAGAUAAGUCAGAUCGGAGACUCGGAAGCUGCCAAAAGUUUUCUCCUCGGGCUGAGGAAUGACGACGAGUUGAGCGACACACUCAUGGUCACCACUGACCGACUCGAUGAUAUUUUCGAGACCCAGCGCAACAACGAAAGGGCAUUGGAAGUAUGGCUGCUCAAGACACUUGUGGAGCCCAUCUAUCGCUGGGGGCCGGAUUUUGUUAAGAAACAACGGCGCGAGAGGAGAGAAGAAUGAAGCGACACAAAUAACGAAGGAAUCCAGGCUAUGUGGAAAGAAAUUGCCAAUCUCCGGUCAAUCUGCGUAGCUAUCAAACGUCUUCCGAUCAAUGAGAGGGAGCCAGGUGGUGGUGCUGUUCUCAUAACUACCGCCUCCUGGAAAUCACUACACGACCAGAACCGUACCAAAACACUACACCUUGCCGUUUUCUUACCUAGGUGCCUCACGAUCCCCUGACUCGACGUAGUCCCAAAUCCUCAAGACGGUGUCCUGCACCAAGUACGUCGUGG